CACGAGGAGGCGGGGAAGGGGCUGGCCCUUCCGCAGACGCACAGGCAGACGCGCGCCCACCCUCCCCGGCGGUGACGCACUUGGAUCUGGGCAACUUUUUAGGCGAGUCGCCGGUCCGUCCCGAGCACUCGGUUCUCGGUCAGCGUGAAGCGAUGGCAGGAAGAAGCGGCCGCCUCGCCGUCCGGGGGUUGAUGGAGAUGGGCUCCCGCCCGCGAUGCUCGAAAGGAGCCGGAUUGCAUUUGCCUCCUUGCAGGCACUUCAGCUCCAAAGGGGUUCUUGCCCCUUGCAUCCUGAAGACCUGCUCCUCCCUGGCUUCAAGGUCAACCACCAAACAGCAGAGCCGGCCCUUCCUGAGUCUGGCAGCCCCCCUCCUUGGUGCCAAGCGGAUGGAGUAUGCAGAAGUCUGUCAGCUCCCGUAUUCCAUUGAGCAGAUCUACAAUACGGUGGCAGAUGUGGGCAGCUACCAGUUGUUUGUGCCCUGGUGCACCGGCUCCCGCAUCAUUUCCCACCGCAACGGGUUCCUGCAGGGACUGGAAGUGGGAUUCCCUCCUGUGGUACAGCGCUACGUCUCCGAAAUAUCCUUGGUGCCUCACCAUCAGAUCCGGGUUGUGAGUAAUGAUGGACAGUUGUUUCACCAUCUGGAAACACUGUGGCAGUUUGAACCAGGACGUCCAGGGCAGCUGGACAGCAGCUGCAAGCUCAAGUUUUACGUCUCCUUUGAAUUCAAGUCAGUUCUGCAUUCCCAACUGGCUAACCUUUUCUUUGAUGAGGUAGCCAAGCGGAUGGUGUCAGCCUUUGAGCAACGGUUAAAGAAACUGUACAGUCCACAGGCUGCAGUCCAACCACACAAGGCAGUUUGCUGCACGUGACGAAUAGCCUCAUAUGUACUGAAGUAUGGGGCAUCUUUCCUGG